AUGACGGGCAUGAGCAUUGGAGGUGAAAGACGCCAGCAUCCUCAGGGAUCUCCUCUAGAUUUCCUCAUUCAGAUAAAACAUCUGAAUGAGGAAAUCUUGACAGCACUUCAGAGGGUCACAGGCUCAGUAUCCGCAGGGAUUGAAGACUUCGAUUUGCCUUUGCAAACUCCAGAGCAGCUGGGGAUGUUCGAAGAAAGACUGGAUGCUGAACAGGACACUCGUCAGGCUUUGGUCAAACGCCUCGCCAGCCUUGGAGGAGGGACUACUGGUCAAGCCGUCCGAGUACAACUCCGCUAUUUGCUGGCAGACCAGCUGGCCGCAGCCUUUAGCUUCAAAGGACAAAAGACAAAGCUGAGCCUUUGCAACCUAAAUCUGUGGACCAUCAUUAAAGAAGCUGUGCAUAGCAACGUGCGGACUCGUAAUGCGACGGAAGAGGACAUAAGAGCAUGCACUAUGGUGUGGCUGAAGAAUGCAAAGGCACGCAAGACAGAGUGGGUUGAAGAUCAUUUGGAGAGGCUUUCGUCCUGCAAUUAG